AUGCCAACUGUUCAACUAACAGUACAGACAAGAGAGGGACAAAGCUUGAACAUUUCCGUGGAAUCUGGUGAUAUCCUGCGAACUGUGCUGAUGGCGGAGAAAGUUGACCUCUACACUACCUGGGGCAAAGUAUGGCAGUGCGGCGGUGUCGGCAAUUGUGGUACAUGCAUCGUAGAGGUGCGGGACGGCGCUGAGCUGCUCUCGGAGCGCACGCCAGUGGAAAAGAAGAAGCUGUCAGGGAAACCCGCCACGUGGCGCCUGGCCUGCCAGACCCUGGUGGGCGACGGAGAGAGCACCGGAGUCGUCACCAUAGCCACCAAGCCCCAACAAUGA